AUGGAGCCCCCGGCCUGUGGCCACAGCACUAAGGACUUGCUCCGGCGUCUGGCAGUCGUGUCCCUGCCUUCGUAUCCCAUUUUUGUGGCAACACGGAGUGUUGGCUUGGUGUCGACAGCCAUGGUUGGCCGGCAUGUACAAGACCCAGCUGCCUUGGCUGCUGUGGGUUUGAGCAAUGUGAUCACCAACAUCACGGGCUACUCCGCUUUGUGGGGUUUGUCCAGUGCGGUGUCGACCUUCAGCUCACAGGACUGGGGGGCCGGGAACUUCCGUGCGCUGGGCGUCACUCUCCAGCGCGCCUAUCUGAUCUUGGUGCUCUUCGUGUGCCUGCCCCUUCUGGUGCUGUGGCUCAAUUCUGAGAGGCUUCUGGUCGCAUGUGGCCAGCACCCAGAUGUGGCACACUAUGUGGGCAUCUAUACCUCGGUGCGCUGUUGGUCCUUGGUUUGUAUGCCCAUGAACUGCGUGCUGUCGAGGACGCUGGGUGCCAUGAGCAAUGUGCAAAUCAACCUCAUCAUGAGCCUCACGGCAUCGGUCCUCAAUGUGGUCUUGAGCUCCACUUUGGUGCCCCGCCUUGGGUUUUGUAGGCGCCCCGCUCACUGCUUGUAUAUGCGACAUCUAUGA